UAGAAAGUUUCCGACCACUGGAUUCCUGCUGCCAGAUGCACCUCCAGGACUGAGUCAAACCCGCAGCAGACACACCCAACUCUGGGAACAGAGAAGUCUGAGGACCACUACGAGGCGUCACAUCCUCUACUAGGCCUGAUGCGGAAGGAGCGGUGCCGCAGCCGAAGGCGCUUCGCUUGUGCGUCACUUCCGAAGUCGACGAUUUCUCCUGGGAGCCCCCAACUGAGGCAGAGACAAAGGUGCUGCAGGCGCGGCGGGAGCGGCAGGAUCGCAUCUCCCGGCUCAUGGGCGACUAUCUGCUGCGCGGUUACCGCAUGCUGGGCGAGACGUGCGCGGACUGCGGGACGAUCCUCCUGCAAGACAAACAGCGGAAAAUCUACUGCGUGGCUUGUCAGGAGCUCGACUCAGAUGUGGAUAAAGAUAAUCCAGCUCUGAAUGCCCAGGCUGCACUAUCCCAAGCUCGGGAGCACCAGCUCGCCAAUGCUGCAGAGCUCCCCUCAGCCUCUCGGCCUGUCCCUCAGCCCCCGGUUCCCCGACCAGAGCACUGUGAGGGAGCUGCAGCAGGGCUCAAGGCAGCCCAGGGUCCGCCCCCUCCUUCUGUGUCUCCAAAUGCAGAUGUGGUGGCCUGCACACAGUCAGCCCUCUUGCAGAAGCUGACCUGGGCCUCAGCCGAGCUGGGCUCUAGCACCUCCCUGGAGACUAGCAUCCAGCUGUGUGGCCUCAUCCGGGCAUGUGCAGAGGCCCUGCACAGCCUGCAGCAGCUGCAGCACUAAGAGAUACCCCUGAGAAAAACCCUCUAGAAAAACA